GUGAUGCUGAAUAUUAAAACAAACAAAAAAAAAAUCCAACUCGUUUGUGAAGAAGAAAUUUUGGUUGAAUUUAGAAAAAGAAAAUGUAUUUCAACAAUUUGUGGUUAUAUGCAAACUAACCUUCUAGCUUUUACACAUUUGAAUGUGACUGAAAAUUAUGAAAUAUAGAUUGAAAUCACAAUUGAACACAGUCAUUAUUUAACGAUUUAUUUAAAUGGUGAUUUUCAAUAAAAAUACCCUUGGACUUUUUAUAAAUAUACAUAUAACAAACACAAAACCUUAUCUGAAAAUUUAUAUAGUAUAGAAAAAAACAUUGAUAUUUAGACGAAAACUUUACUUAGUUAUGGAAGCGUUGCCUUCUUAUUAUCUUCUCUUCAUUAUCUUGUUAACAGUUACUUUAUAUUUGAACAAACAAAGGAAGAAAUCAAGGUCCAUACUGCUGUUCAAAUUAAACGUCCUUCAAAUCGUCAUUGGAUUGAACGUGCUUCAUCUGCUCGUCAAAUUACAACACCAUCUGCAUUAACAACUACAAUCACUUCUAAUAGAUUUAUUUAUUCAGGAAAUGUAUCAUCGAUUAAUAUGAGUUCUGAAGUCAUAAAGAAUUCUGUUCGACGAAAAGAAUUACAAGAUCAACCACAACUACCAAAUAUUUAUUCUCAAACAUAUCUUGAUUAUCAAGGGAAUCGAAAACGUCCAAACGAUGAAUACAAUCAACCUAAUAUUUUAUAUCCACACGAAGGACUGAACGCAUUUCAUAAUUUACCUUCGUGGUACAGUUUACGAUAUAGACGAUACCCACGAGAAGAGCCGAAUCAUCCUUAUGAUGAUAACAAUUUGCAAUUACCAUGGAAUUAUAAACCAAAAUGUAGAUCAUGCGGUCGACCAUUAUUACAAGAUUCAUUUUGUAUAGAUGAUUUUGUUUUACGUGUUUAUAUUUACAAAGAAUCUGUGGAACCUAAUGGUCAACGCCACUACUUAGCUUAUAUCUAUCAAGUAUACAAGGAUAUUAAACAUUAUAUGCAACCAACUCUUGUUCGACAAAUCGUAUAUAAUUGUGAUCGAUUUCAAACUGGUCCAAUGCUAGGUGAAGUAUACUUAAUAACAGGUAUUUACAUAUCAGGUGUUCCACAUGUUGAUUCUUGUUCUUGGAAAGCACCAUGGAAUCAAGUAACGAGAGAACAAAAACGAUAUUUACGCAACCGGUAUAGCAUUCAGUGUGGCAUAUGUCAAUUACAAAGAGUAUUAUUUGUUGAUCCAAUAUAUCACCGUAAUCCAAAAACAUGUUAUUUACCAAUUAGUCCAAAUUCAAAUGAAAUGAUGUGUAGAGAUAAAUUUUCAUUGUGUCGUUUACAAAGAAGAACUAAUCGAUGCAAUUUUAUAAAUAAUAAAUCGUAUCGUAUAUGUGAAACAUGGUCAACAAAACAUAUUUAAUCCAUCACUUUUUUUUUCUUCUAAAAAACAAAAAUAUUGUUCAUCUUUUUGAUUCUCAUAUUCAUUUAACUAUUGUAUGACAAUUCAUACUACUAAUAAUACUACCAGUAAUAUAUGUUGUAAAUACAGAACAAAAUAUACAUAUAUAUUUUUUUUUAUUUAAAGAAAUAGAAGCUUAUUAAAUAGAAUUGCACAGA